AUGGAUGAUGAGCCAGUUAUGACUGAUGAGCCAGUUUUGAAUGAUGUGCCAUUUAUGAAUGAUGUGCCAGUUAUGAAUGAUGUGCCAAUCAUAGAUGAUCAAUAUGAUGAGCCAUUUAUGAAUAAUGAUCCAGUUGUAGAUGAUCAAUAUGAUUAUGAUGUGGAAGUGAGCACAAUCAAAUUUUGUAGUGUACUUGAUGAAGACAUUAACUUGGGCCAGCUUGAUCUGAAAAACAAUAAUACAGAGGAACAUGAAGACAUUGAAGAUGAACCUUUAGAAGUCUUAGACAAUGAUGUCUUUGGGUCAUUUGCUAGUGAAAAAGAGCCUAGAAAGAAAUUGUUAAGGUCCAUUCUAAAACCAGUUGCUUGUUCAUCUGGUAAGGUUCACACUAAAGCUUUUAGGAUUGGUCAGAUGUUCAAGGAAAGGGAAAAAAUAAGAGAAGUUAUUUCCAACUACUCUGUACAAGAAAGGAGGGAUCUACAUUAUGUAAAGAAUGACAAGACAAUAGUUAGGGUAAAGUGUAGGGGUAUUGUUCCUGAAUUGACUGGUGAUAGUAAUAAAGGUAGGGACCCACUUUCGUCGCCUCCUCUAACUUGCUCAACAGUUGUAGCCGCCUCCGACUUCUUCCACUGCAUCACCAACACCGUCCAUUACUAUUGUGAUGCCGCUUUGAGAAGUCCUCCACCUCCCUUGACUUCGUCCAGCAGCAAGAGGCCCCACCACCGCCGCCUGUCAUUAUCAUUAAACGCCCCACCACCACCACCGCCCGCCGGCUGUUUCUAUUCUGCCACCUCCAGCCACCCAUUUCGGUUUAAGGUUUUGAACAGGCUAACAUUGAUGUGGAGAAGAAAGAAAACAUAG